CAUGUUUGGGGCUGAUACUGCACCUUUUGUCCCUGGGAGCGAUGGUGAAUCGUCGUCUGUAAUGCACCUCCAGUCCAUCAGGGGGAAACAACCAGAUCAGUGGAAGCAACUCAUCUGACGUUUGGUGUGACGUCAAGCACGCGGCAAAAACAAACUUGGACGUCAAGCAAACGGCUUUUGUAGAUUUUGUUUUCGGGUGCAAUUUAGUGACAAAAACGGUUUAUUACCAGAAAGCAACAGCAAAAGGAUUUGCUGGGCAUUUUGGAAAUACAUGGGCAUGGAUUCUGCAGAGACCAGAUAUGCCCACCUGCUGCAGCCCCUGCGGGACCUAACUAAAAACUGGGACAUUGACCUGGCCAGCCAGCUCGGAGAGUAUCUAGAGGAGCUGGACCAGAUGACUAUUUCAUUUGAUGGUGGUAAAACUAUGAUGAACUUUGCAGAGGCUGCACUUCUAAUUCAAGGAUCGACAUGCAUCUAUGGUAGAAAGGUGGAGCUUCUUCACACUCUUGUGUUUCAAACAUUGGACUACAUCUCUAACAAAAACAAAAACAAAUGUGACAAACAAGGUUCUUCAGCAGAAGGGAACCAAGAAAAAUCCCCUUCAGGCAACAAAGAUGAUGAUUGUGAGUUUGAUGAGAUUGAACAGGAUGAGAAUGCCAGCUCUCUGAAUAUAACAAUGAACGUUCCAACUGAGCCAGUGAGGAUUAUCUGUCUCCCUCCUGAAUCUCUCAUUCCUUCAGAAUCACAUGAGAAACAGAAAUACCCCCUGCUUAGUCUUAAAGGGGAGCUUCUGGGCAGCUGUAAGGAUUUUCGAAUUAAUAAUUUCACCAUGGAUGAAACGGGACUGAUGCGAUUGGGCUCUUCACUCACUCGGUUCCUUAAAGAGGUGUCAGAAAACCAGUUCAACACCUCUGUACAUGCACCUAUGCCCUUACAGGCAGAGGGUGUAGCUGAAAUUGGUGGUGGUUACAGUAAUGAAGAUGAUGCUGGUGGAGACAUUGUUCCUCUGCUGGAAGACCAUGGCAUGGAGGUGGAGUCUGCGGAGUGGGUUGAGAGGCAGCAGGCCCCCGGUGAGGGGAGGAUGCUGAGACCGAGACCUGCAGUACAGCAAGUGUCAGAGGAGCCCAAGCAGCUCAAGGAAAUUGUGGACCCUUGGAAAUGGCAUGACUCAUAUGUUGCAUUUGGAGAGGACAAGCCUCUCAAAACAGGAAAAUGUUACAAAGUGCCAGCAGGUCUGGAGGAGUCAGGAAAGAGGAAGAGGAAGGGCUCUUCAAAAUUGCAGGACUUUGGGAGCUGGUUCUCUAAAACCUUUGAGACUGCAGAUCGCAAACUUAAGAAUGGGCCUACUUAUCCUGACCUUAACUACAUCUUUGUGAAUAAAAUGGACCAGCGCCUGAAAGUACAAAAGCACAUAUUUAGGAAAGGGGGUGUUUUUGUCUCUGAUGAGGAGUUGAAGAGAACUUACUUGGAACCAGAAAAUCAUGAGGACCAGAUUGAGGAGGUCUGGCAUCCAGACGCAGAGGGCGAGGACUUUUCAGAUCAGGAAAAUGACAACUUGGUUGAUGAACUUGAACCUGCAGAACACCUUGGUGAACCAGAGAAAAUUUUCCAAGACUUGCAUAUGAGCCGGAUAAGUUAUGAAGACCUGGUGAAGAAGAGUGUGGAUUUGUUUCUGGUGAACUCUCAGAAGUACGCACAGGAAACAGCGUUAUCUCGAAGAGUGAAAGAGUGGGAGGAUGGAAUCAACCCUCAUCUCUCUGCUCAGGAGACCCGUCCAGCUUUUGACAUCCAUGAGUAUGGAGACAGGAUCGUUCAGGCACUCUCUAAUGUCGGGGUGAAAAAAUCAUUUGCUGCAAUAGUCAAAGGCAAAGAGAACACCGAAGCCUGCAGAUAUAUGUUGGCUACAUUACAGCUGGCCAAUGAUUACACAGUGGAGAUUGACAAGGGGGAGGGUCUUGAAGAAAGCGUAGAUGCAAUGGCUCUCACAUUACUGACUACAAAGAGGGCUCAUGAACGUCUCAAAACCUACAAUGCACCCUCUGCAACAGAUAUUCCCUGACUUGUUUAUUGCUCAUCUUUCAUCUGUUGCCCUUAAUAGAAGCUAUUUAGCAUAGACAAUAUCAGAGACUUCUCAGGCAUUCAGAGGACUUUAAAUACUAGUUGGGUCAUUCAAAAAUGUAUUCUGAUAUACAGCAUUGCCUUUCCAUUUGUAUUUGGUCUUCAAACAUGCGUGGAUAGAUCUGAGCUCUGAGAUGAGGGAAUAAUUUACAGGCAUGCUCACAUUAGCUGUAUUGCAAAAAGACCUGCUUUGAUUUUUAAUAGGCUACUUUGUCAUUUCAUAGCUAAAAUUAUGAUAUUAUAUAAAAGUCUUUAAAAUGGUUCUAUGAAUUUUCUCUGAUUUUAAAGUAAAAUCCACAAUGGUAAAUUGAGACUUUUUCCAUUUUCAUCUCCAAGUAAAUUGCAUGUCUGUACCGUUUCUAAACUAUUAAAAUCACAGUAGCAUAAAGUAACUAAAACAAAAAAUAGUGGUGCACUAUUUAAAAGUAAACUGUUCU